AUGGCGUCGUGUGUAUCUUCUCUGUGUUUUUGUGGGUUGUGGGUGGCUGUGAUGUUGGGGUUGGGGGUCUGCUGUGAUGAUACGGACUCCUUGUGUGGGGCGUAUGCACCUGGAGACAUUAUCCUUGGGAUUCUGGGAUCAGUUCACUCCACAGUAAAAAACCUUCAGGAACGGGUUCGCCCAGAUAAAUAUACCUGCACAGACUUUGAUCUCAUACCAUUUGUACAGUCUCUAGCCACAAUUCACACAAUUGAAAACAUUAAUGACUCUGGAUUUCUUCCUGGGAUUCGGCUUGGAUAUCUGAUGUGUGAUCCCUGUGUAUAUGCUACCAAAGCCUUACAGUGUGUGGAUCGCAUGCUUUCUAUUAACAACACACUUGCCAUUUUCCCUGACAACUCGAACUUUUCUUCGCCAGUGAAGACAUUCUUAGGAGAGAGAUACUCCGAGCUGUCCAUUCCUGUGGCAAAACUGCUGAGCCUCUACAUGAUUCCCCAGAUAAGCGGCACAUCUUCUUCACCAGCACUGAGUGACAAAUCACGUUAUGCAUCCUUUUUCCGUGUCAUUCCAAGUGAUGUAUACCAGGCUACGGCACUGGCAAAGCUCAUGAAGUACUUUAACUGGGACUGGGUUGGAGUGGUGACGAUAGAUGAUGAGUAUGGAGAACCUGCCCUGGAGACUUAUCUGUCCGAUUCAGAAAAAGAAAACAUAUGUGUGGAGUUCCAGGAAGAGUUACCAAACUACCUAGGCUCCACAUAUUUGGAAGAGCGCAUCAAAGUGGUGGCUGAUCUUAUCCGAAACUCCACUGCCAAAGUUGUGCUGCUCCUUUUGAGACCAGAACAUGUGGCGAUGCUCUUGAAAGAGAUGAUUAAGACAAAUACUACUCGAAUCUGGAUCGCCAGUGAUGCCUGGUCUAUGGCACGGUUCAUAAUGAAGAUCAAGGACAUAAACAAGGUGGGAGACAUCUUGGGCUUUACAUUUAUGACUUCGAAAAUUCCAAGUUUUGAAGACUACCUCAAGAAUCUGACGAUAAGCCCAGGAGUGAGGAAUGAUUUCAUCAGGGAGUACAAACAGUUGAGGUUCAACUGCAGUCAGCAGUCGGAACAUACGUCCCCUUUGGCCUGUAGUGUGACAGACCCCCAGGAGGCAAACGAUGACUACCUGCUCCAUGCUGUGCAUCUGAUGGAGGCCUAUGGUCAGAGAGUAGCAGUGUAUGCUGUAGCUCAUGCCAUCAGGAAACUUCUUAAAUGUAAUGACACUGCCUGCUCUGGAGAUACCAACUUCUUGCCGUGGCAGCUUGUGGGCAUUCUUCGCAGUCUGACUUUCACUCUGGACAAUAAGACAUACGCCUUCAAUCGCAAUGGUGAUUUUGAGAGUGGUUAUGAUCUUAUUAUGUGGAAAAAGAGUGGCGAUGAAAGAGUACCUGAUGUGGUGGGAAGAUUUCUCAUAAAGAAUGGCAAAGUUGAGGUUGACGAGAACAAAAUCCCAUGGACCAACAGCACGGUGCCCUUGUCCAGGUGUUCAGAGCCAUGUCCCCCAGGCACAGAGAAGAAGAUAUCAAGUAUCUCCUGUUGCUAUACCUGUACUAACUGUAGUGAGGGAUACUAUUCUAAUGAGACAGAUCAGCUUGCCUGUCGAAAAUGUCCAGAAGGCUCUUGGUCUCUUCCAGGGUCGAAGGAGUGCCAGAAAUGGAAAAUUUUGUUUUUGGAGUGGUCUUCAGCUUAUUCCAUUGUAGUGAUGAUUGGAACAGUAAUAGGUGCACUACUGCUGGUGUUCUCAUUUAUCUUUUUCAUUCUACACAGAGAAAAACACAUCAUAAAGGACAUCUUAGUUAUUUCAUGCCUGAUGAAAUUUGGCCUGAUGGUGAGUUUUGGAGGUGUAAUACUUUUCUUAGGCAGCCCAAACAUCCAUGUUUGUAGAGCACAACAGACCAUGUAUGGUCUUGGGUUCACUCUCUGUGUGUCCUGCAUUCUGGUUAAGGCCCUUCACAUAUUCUUAGAGUUAAUGUCCUCUAAUCCUGCAAAGCAGCACAAACUAAGAAAGUUUGAUAAGCCCUUUGUCAUCAUAGGAAUCCUCACUGCUAUUCAAGCUCUCAUCUGUAUCUUCUGGAUGAUAUUUGAUCCUGUUAAUGUUGAGGAGACACAAUCAAAAACUCAGUUACUUACCAUGGACCGUCUGUGCACUCAGGGCUCUAUGUAUGGCUUUGGUGCGAUGCAUGUCUACAUUGCUUUACUAGCUGUGGUGUGUUUCCUUUUGGCCUUCAAGGGGAGAGAUAACGAGAUGGAGCCGGUAGUCUUCAGCAUGCUUCUCCAUCUAUUUGCCUGGCUUUGCUUUAUUCCAGUCUUUAUCACUCAAUAUGAAUCGCGCCCCAUCGUCCAGAUCUCUGCCAUAAUGGUCUCCAGCUAUGGAGUCAUCUUCUGCCACUUUGCACCAAAAUGGUAUAAGAUCUUCACAGCAAAAGCACAGCCAUGGAAGGCAGUAAAAUCUAGAGUUGAUCCCACAAGUGACUCAGACUCUGGGAUGAUUUGUAGGAGCUCAAGGGAGACAGUAUCAAUAAGUAGUGUACCACAAACCCAACUCUUUGCAGAGUCAGGAAUUUCCAACUGGGACAGUAACAGCCUGAAUCUGUCAGAAGUCAGUAUCGCCUCGUUAAGACGUCGGAGGCCAAGAAGUCAACGACCAAGGAGUCUCUAACUCCUCUGUCUCUAUCAGACAUUUGCCAAAUGAAGUAAUAUGAAAGAGUAACUUUUUAAUACAAAUAUUAUGUCAAAACAAAAACAAAAAAAUGGAGUGGCUUUGCAAGAAUACCAUACAGUCAUAAUCAUGCUACCAACAUGAGUUUUUCUACUUGAACAACUUUCUGGCUUCUGUUUUAUGUGAACUCUAAGGAGUUUGUCAUACCAAGGCAGUGUUUCUUGUACAUGUGUUUGAAACAGUAAAUACUAUUUUGUAAUUUGGAUUUUAAACAUUAUAUUAAGUUUUUAAACAUUAUAUUAAUGUG